AUGGCAAAGGGAAGUAAGGCUGUGAAGACAAUGAAUGCUUAUGAGAAAGGCAGAAUGCAACGAGUUGAUGAGUGCAGGACCAGAUUGCUUGAGUCUGGAAUUCUAGACAUAAGCAGGUCACUGACGAACUUGAAUGAGGAGCAACACCUCGAACAACAACAUGAAGGAAGUGCUACAACAGCUUUUGAACCCAAUAAGCCAAGUAAACAACAGAGACAAGUUGGUGAAAAUGGAAAAAGGAAAGCACCAACUAUGGCCGAACUGAUCUUGAAGAAGAAACAACCAAAUCAGGAAGCCGCCUUGGAAACUCCUACACCUUUAGCUAGUUGUAUUGAAAAUCAACUUGGAUUUGAUGCAGACUUAGAAUGGCUCUUAAAAUUGGAUGAAACACGCCAUGUCAAUGUAGAUAAAGAGGAUAAAAUUGAUGGGGAAUCUCAAAACCUAGCAGAUGACGGUAAAUCAGCAGCAAAAGAAAAUGACGAAGCUGUUGAUGAUGAUGGCAAUGACGAGGAAGUUGAUAGUGAUAAAGGGGAUAUGGAUGAUAGUGACAAUGAGGAUGUGGAUGAUAGCGAGGCUGAACAAAACACUGUGAAUGAGACUGAACAACAAGUCUUGUAUGACAGCUCUACUGCUCUAGUCAUGGUUGAAAUUAAAGCCUAUGCUUGUGUUAAGUUCUACUGUACUACAGAGCUAAGAAUUGCAAUUGGAAGGGGUCCUACUAUGAUGCAUGCAGUGCAUAUACACCCUUUUGAGAAGCGUGAGGCCAUUAUUUUGAAUGAGUUUGGACAGCCUAUUGGAUCAAUCACACCUGAAAAGGACACAAUAAGUGAAUUUUCAAGGUUCUUAGGGACCAUUGCUCGAGACUACGGUAAUGCUCCAGUGACAUGUAAGAGUUGGAGAAAGGUGCCUGGCAAAGAUAAGUUGUGGGAGUACAUUUUGUCCAAAUACCUGGUUCCCGAAGAAGGAAAGGAAUGGGUACUAAAGUCUAUUGGUGCUGCCUGGAGGAUUCAUAAGUGCCGAUUCAAGAAAAGGCAUUACCAUAAGUACACCACCAACAAUCUGAGAUGGCUGAAAAGGCCUAAAACUAUGCACGAAGAGGAUUUCAAGCAGGUGUUGGUUCUAUGGAACAAGAAAGAAGAGAAGGCCCGAUGUUCUCUUAAUCAAAGUCGAAGGAAAGCUCAAAAGAACAAUCACACUGCUGGACCUAAAAGCUUUGCAAGGAUACAUGAAGAAAUGAAAAAUGAAGAUCCUAACAAGCAGCUCCCCUCGUUGGCUCAAGUCUUUCAGCGCACUCGUGCAAGAGAUGAAAAGAAGAAAUAUGCUGAUACAUUUGAGGAUACAUCAAGAAAAAUUGAUAUUGAUAUUGAUUUUGCUACCAAUAAUUCUGUUUAUGUGAAUUAUAGGAAGCUAUGA